AUUGCGCCGGCCGUGAUUCCGGCCAGCUCGCGUUAGUUGCCGCCCCGGAAAUGACGUGCUGCCCUGUUGGCAGUGCGGAAGUGGAGAUGGCGGAGCUGUAUGUGAAGCCGGGCAACAAGGAACGCGGCUGGAACGACCCGCCGCAGUUCUCAUACGGGCUGCAGACACAGAUCGGCGGACCCAAACGUACGCCCCUCACUAAGAGGGUGGCGGCCCCGCAGGAUGGAUCCGCCAGAGCCCCAACUUCAAAAACUUCUGGACCACCUCCAGUGGGGCAUCCACCUCCUUCAAGUAAGGCUCCUAGGCCUCCACCUAUGGGGAGUUGUCCUGUUGCUGGUGUGGAGCCCACAAAUUUCCCAGUCAUUGAGUCUGAGGCUCUGAUGGAAGAUGUGCUGAGACCUUUGGAACAAGCAUUGGAGGACUGCCGUGGCCACACAAAGAAGCAGGUAUGUGAUGACAUCAGCCGACGCUUGGCACUGCUUCAGGAACAGUGGGCUGGAGGGAAGUUGUCAGUACCUGUAAAGAAGAGGAUGGCACUGCUGGUGCAAGAACUUUCACAGCAUCAGUGGGACAAAGCAGAUGACAUCCACCGCUCUCUCAUGGUUGACCAUGUGACUGAGGUCAGUCAGUGGAUGGUGGGAGUUAAAAGAUUAAUUGCAGAAAAGAAGAGUCUAUCUUCUGAGGCGGCCAAAGAAGAGAAAUCUGCAGUGGCAGCUGAGAACCAGAUACCAGGCUUCCAACAAGAUUCAUAAUCCCAGGGGCUCUGCAGACUCAGCUCACACAAUCUUCCUAUGCCUUGGUGUAGGAGGCCUUUUCUCACUUGGCUCUAUCACCAGGGUGGCUGUCUGUCCUAUUUGGCCUGACUAGAGAUCCUGUCUGGGCUACAGGAAGAUCAUUUGUUACUCAUAAUAAGUGUAUUUCAAUAAAAACAUCUCAAUAGUGGGAAAUGGGUAGGAGAGCUGAGCCAUUCAGAUGCCAAGCUGGUUCCUUCUGGCUUAAACCUCCCUAUUCCCUGAGUACCACUCUGCUUUUCUUGUUCCAUUCAUCAAGAAGGGCCUUAAUGGGCAUGGCCA